AUGAAUUUGAAGUACUGCGAUUACGAGAACAAAGCAUGCGGAAGAAGCUGCAGCAAGUCGUGGAGAAAUGACAAAGCCGCUGAAGAAACGAGACAUGCCGCUAUGGUCGCUGUUGUGGGUUACACGAAUGCUGGCAAAACAAGCUUAGUAAAAUGUCUUACGGGUGCUUCAAGCUUACUGCCUAAAGAUAGGUUAUUUGCUACCUUGAUACGACACGGCGAGACUUCCAUCUGGAAGAAGAUUGGUCCUCACUGA